AUGGCUUCUUGCGUAACCAGUUCCACCAUAGUGGGUGCUUUAGCGUGCCAGAGAAACUCAUUUCUCAAGACUUUUCAGACAACAGUGGUUUCCUGCAAAAAGUACGAGCCAAUCAAAACCUCAAAAGAUAAGCAGAACCAAAACAAGAAAAGCACUGAAAAAGAGCAAAAGUUUGAGGAAUCAUUGUAUGCUUUGGAGCUCCAGGACACUAUUCUAUUUCCUGAAGGAGGGGGUCAGCCCUUUGACACGGGAAACAUAGCGACGGCUUCAGAAAAGAUUCCUGUGCAAAUGGUGCUCCGCCAGGAAUUGACUGCGGUACAUGUAACACCCAAACCGGUGGAAGUAGGCUCGCAGGUUUCCCUUGAGGUCGAUUGGAAAAGACGGCUUGACAUUAUGCAGCAACACACGGGGCAGCAUUUGAUAUCCGCAGUGUUUGAUACUUACGAUUUGGAAACAUUGAGCUGGUCUAUGGGCGAUACAAUCAACUACAUCGAGCUUCCCCGCAAAGUUGAGCAGAGCAUCAUCGAUGAAGUGAGCGAGAAAGUGAAUGACAUGAUUGUGCAGGGUAUUCCAAUCAAGGUGACUACGCCAGACCAGCUGGGCAGAGAAAUUGACACAUCCCAUAUUCCAGACGACUACGACUUGUCGAAAGGUAUUGUAAGAGUCGUGCAGAUCGGGGACAUCGAUUCUAAUCCAUGUUGUGGUACCCAUUUGACCAAUACUGGGCAAAUUCAGGCGGUCUCAUUCUUGCAUCAGACAAAUGUGCGCGGCGGAAAUUCGAGACUCCACUUCAUGUGUGGCUCCAGAGUCUCUCGUCAGCUUGCCGCAUAUCAUCUGAUGCUCAAAGAUGUUCUGGGGACGCAGUUGUCAUGCCAGAUUGAUGAAGUCGCCUCGAAGGUUGCUGACCUUAACCAAAAUUACAAGAAAAGCCUGUCGAGGGAAAGCACCCUUUUGAAAGAGUUGGCUGCUAUUGAAGCAUCAAAGGUGUUUACGUUGUUCAGGGACACAAAUGCAAAGAUUGCGUCCAUUUACAGACAAGACAGCUCGCCAGAAUACCUCACAAUGGCGCAAAAAGAGCUCACCACACUCAUCAAUGCAAACAAAGAUGCUGGUGUAGAUUUGUCCCUGGCCCACACUGUCGUGUACCUCAAUGGUGACUACAAGUCCGGGAAUGGAGGAAUGGUGAAAAUCAUGGGGCCCCUCGCAGAAGAAAUACAGCAGAAAUUAAAAUGUCUCAUCAAAAACAUUAAGGGGGGCGGAAAAGGUACAUCGUUUCAAGGAAAAAUCACCAAGUACGAGAAAGGAGAAGUCGAGAGCGUGUUGCGAUACUUGGAGUCAUUGGCGUUGCCCGAAUAG